UAGGCUAUUAGGUACUUAAGAAUACAGAUAACAAAUUUUAUUGUCUGUAAUAGAUCUAUAUCGUCUACUGAUUCUUUGUGUGUGUGUGUGUGUGUGUUUUCACUGGCUGUAAUGUAAUGUAUAAGAGAACUACUUUGUGAUGUAAAAAAAACAAAUAGGACAAGAGCAAAUUAUGAACAUGAAAAUGUAUGUCAAAAGAUUAUUUGUUUUCGUACUAUUGUGCUGCCAUUCACAUCUCACGUCCUCUCUUAGUGUCAAUAUGGUCAAUAACAUUGACUACGUUUUAGAGGACGCUAGCCCUAUGGAUAUAGAUCAGAUCAGUUGUAAACCAAGGUGUAGCUGCUCAUUGGAUGACACCACAACGUUUCAAGUCAUUUCUUUCAAUACUACUAUAUUUCGCUUAAGGUAUUACAAUGGGCCGCUUUCUGCAGUCAACAAUCCUUAUUAUGAUCUUAAUAUCACAUGCACUACCGUUAGUCCCGAUGAAUACAAGAUAGGCUCGCUUCCGCUCAGGAUUUUUGUGAGACAAAACAACCCACCAGUUAUCGACAAUGGGACAAGUAAUCAAGAUCACAAGCGUUUGGAUUCCAAAGGUCCGUACCUUCCUGGCUCGAUCGUAUACUCAGUAAGAGCUCAUGAAUUAGAAAAUCAAUUGCCUCUUAUAUUUAGGAUUUCCAGUACUUCCCCCACAACAAACAUCUUUCAGAUAGGACAAGGCAGUGGUGACGUAACAACAAAUGUUGACUUAAGAGAAAUCGUUCUCAGUGAUGUGACACUAACCAUUGAAGUCUCAGACAGCACCGGGAAAACUUCUCAAUUCAUUUUGUUUUUGACCAUCUUAACCAACAAACCACCAAACAUUUCCAACCUGCCUCAGACGAUCACCUGGGAAGAGAAUAAGCCUGGAAGUAAUGUACUAAUAUUUGAACCCAAGUGUGUUGACCCUGACGGCACACUAAACGACCCAUUGAUACUUACCUGUACAAUUACGCCAUCUUCUGAGACUUCCAAAUUUGACGUCAGUUCAAAAGGUAACUGGUACAUAACAGCUCCUCUAGAUUACGAAAAAAUAAAACAGAUCCAAAUAACUUGUAUAUUGAGUGACUCUUACUUACAAUCUGAACAGAAAGUGUUGACGAUCCUUGUCUUAGACGUGAAUGAACCGCCAUACUUCGUGACAAGUCUCUUUGAUUGUCUGCUAGAAGAAAGCAAUGCAGGUGUUUCUUCAUGUUUUCUGGACAUCCAAGUUGGGGACCCAGAACAUGACUCGAUACGGUCCAUUGAUGUAAGGACUGCUUCUAAUACAGGCUCUUGUAUAAAAUUUAGAUAUAUCUUAGCUACUAAAAUACUGACCUUUAACGCCGACUACGACCUUGAAAUAGAACGCAAGGACAAGUGUGACAUCGAACUGGAGGCCAAGGACGAGCACGGUCUGGUGAGCAGCAACAGGGCCAAAGUUCAUGUCACAAUCACUGACGUUAAUGACAACACGUGCAUCCCCAGCAUGCCUGGCAUAGUGACUAUUACAAAUCUUCAUACGAUGCCUCACAGAGUGGCUACUUUAAUGGCCAGAGAUGAUGACUACACUGAUCCAAACAAUAAAGUGACUUUCGAACUGGUGACCGGUCAGCCAUCGGAGGCCAUCAACCACUUCUCAGUUAGCAAAAAUGGAGAAAUUUUUUAUUUCGACAAGAUUCCAGAGUCAAACAACGGUAAAGGGUUCGCGCUAACCAUUAAGUGUGUGGACGGAGGCAGGCCACAGAGGUCGGCCGAAGCUACACUACUGGUCAAGUACGAGUGGACAACCACUACGUCCACAACCACAACGACUACCACCACAACCACACCUUCCACCACGACGACAGUGGCGAGCUCGAGCGACGACCCUUUUGACAACACGUCGUUCGUCGCUCUUUUUGUGGUUCUCAUGAUACUGCUGACAGCAGGUCUGAUUGGAUUGCUCGUCUAUCUUAUUCGAUACCGAGGCCUGUGUGGUAUAACUCCAUCGUCGUCACAGACUCUGGUAGAAAAAAUGGAACCAUCUAAUAAGCUAAGCAAUGAAACAAUUUACUCUGAAACAAGAGAAGUCAUGCCAGCAAAUAUUAACAAUCAGUACAGAGAUACUUACUGGAAUAAUGGUGACUUUUACGAGACAGGGGCUGGGCACACCUCAAGUCUGGCACUAACUCAAGGCAGCAAGCGUUUGGCUUUAGGACCUCCACCUAGCAGACCUCGACCAGUGUUUAACUUUUAAAACUUAUUGAUUCAGAAUUUUAAGAAAUCUUACUCCAUAGAGCUCAAGCAUUUUAAAUUUGAAAAAAAAGGAGAUUCAUAGAAUUAAAGAGAAUUAUUAUAAACUUUGAGCCACGACGUGCUAUUUAUAAUAACGACUGACCCAUACUUAGUUUUUGUUAGAAUUAUAGAUAUGUGUUCUCUUUGUUCACGUCUUCAGAGGCUCAUUAGUUAUAGGUAGUAGCACAAUUAUAUUUUGUUUAGCAACAUGUCAAGUGAUAAAUAUUAAUUUCUAUGUGAUCUCUUCUAGACAUUAGAUCUCUUUGUAAAUUAUUAACAAUGGCUUCUUCUUAAAGAUUUUUUUCUUUAACAUUGUAAGUUUCCCUAUAUCAAUCAGCAACAAAAUGCAAAGGUCAUAGGUCACUGAUUUAUUUAUAGUUAUGCUUUUUUUUUGUCUUGGUAGUUUUUCAGCAUCAUUAAUUAUUUUUUUUAAAUAGUGCAAAAUAAUUAAUAUUUCAAUUGGUUCUAUUGACAAUGUUUUGCUUGUUUUGUUUUUAAAAA